AUGUGUUUAAUUACGUCCCGUGCGUCCUACAACGAGGCCCUGGCCGUGAAGGACGCUGCUGAGUCAAAUCCGGACCUGGAAAUGGUCGACAAGGUGGUGCGCACUGUGGCGACACUAGUCGGAGCCUCAAGCGCCUGGAGACAGCGGUUCAAGUACCUGCAGCGAGUGAUCUACAACAUGAAUCUUGAGUUGGAUGUGACAGAGAUUGCGAAGACCGUUGAGUCCACCACGGGGGAUCUAACGGAGCGGUACUUGAUGAACGGAGAGCCUUUUGGAGGAGAGGGCAAGAGCUGGCUGUUCAACUAUCUCAAGCUCCACAAGGAGGGUGGGGGCAAGCAGGUCGAGGUGCGAGGCGUGGACGGGGAGGGACGCCCAAUCAACCACCUCUACACCAUUCACGAGAGGAAGCUGAAGGGGCACAAGCAGGGAAGCACCUACGCCGAUUGCAUGAAGUUGUGCCGCAACUUCGCCAGGGAUUGCGUGGACAACCUGAACAACCGUCUGGACGACCUGGGGAAGCUAGGACGGACGAAGCUGUUCCGGGCAGGGAAGUGGCCGAAGAUAAAGGCUCAAUGA